AUUGAUAAAGUUUGAAGCUUUUUGAGAUUUAUAAUGAUUUUGAUCUCCCCUGGUGGGGUUUAUGUUUGUAUCUGCUGUGAUUAGGUUGAAAAGAAUAUUGGGUUUCUUUUUUGGAUCUCUCUGGAAAUAUGUAGUUUAUAAAUUGUUUUUUAGUGACCUGAUUAGACUGUAGUUCAGUGUGCCUGGCUGCAUAAAGAAAAGCUCAAGUCAUAUUUGUGAAUGUAUAUUGUGGAGUGUUUUUUUUUUUUGGACCAAGUUGUGGAGUUCAUUUUUCUUAUAUUGAUGUUUGUAGCUUGUUUGGUUAUAUUUUUGUGUGUUAUUGAUCAUAGUGAAAUAUGUGUUAGAUGUGUGAUAUAUAUUUUAUUGAUUCUGUGACAAUUUAUUUGGAGGUGUUUUUUGCUGCAUAUUUAAGUAUAAAACUGAUUUUGAAUAUGUGAAGAUGUAGAUGAUUAAUGAUGUGAAGAAAUUGUAAUGCUGAUCCACAUAGGUGAUGAAAUCACAUUAUGAAUUGUUUAUUGUUUCGACUGUCUGUUAUUUGCUUAGAAGAUCUGACAACCAUAUUCUUCUUGUGAUGAACAUGACAUCUAUUGCCGACUGAGUUCUUCUCCUAACCUAUUUAACAACAAUAGCACAUAUAUAGAACCAACACCUAGCAGGCUUCUCUGGCUUUAACAAUUCAUAAGGAUCAUUAAUAUACUGCCAGAACACCUUUGAAUUUGAUCAGUUGGUUAAUUGGGUACUAUUAGGGAAGAUGGAAUCAUACCUUGCUCAUAGUGUGGCAUCAUGAUAAGGGUGGUACUUGGCUGACCUUUCUGGAUUUUCCAAGUAACUUGUCUUAGAGAUGAUCUCUUAUCUCCCAUAUCCGUCUACAUCAAGGACAAAUUUCAUAUAAUAGUCUGGAUGCUGGGUGGAUAAUGCUCAAAUGGUUGAUGUUAUCACCAUUUCCUUGAGAAGCAGCUUUAUUAUCUGUAUGGUCUAAUCAGUACGUCUAAAUGGCAGUCUCUAAAAGGACGUCGAUGAAGUUCAAAUCUGUUAAAAAUCAGGCCGGUGUUCUGGUCAACAGCUACUUACUUUCGGAUCCAUUUAUAUUGUACACUUCUGUCCUUAGUGGCGUAUUCAUGAGCAAAAUGGUCUAUGAUUUGUCUCACCUGGUCAGCACUUCUUACUUCAGGACAUAUGCUGGCCUUACCAAAAUCCAGCGCAUCGAGUGGAAUAACCGGGGCAUGUCUACCGUCCAUGCUAUAUUUAUUGCAAUGAUGUCUCUGUAUUUUGUGUUCUGGUCAGAUCUAUAUUCUGACCACUAUCUCGCUGGAACCAUCACCUUCCGAAGUUCACCACUCUCGUCUUUUGCAUUAGGCCUUUCUGUUGGCUACUUCAUUUCAGACCUCGCAAUGAUCUGCUGGCUAUAUCCUGCUUUGGGUGGAAUAGAGUAUGUUAUUCAUCACUCUCUUGCUGGGAUUGCUGUAGCGUAUUCCUUGUUUACUGGGGAGGGUCAGCUCUACACAUUCAUGGUCCUCAUUUCCGAGGUCACAACUCCAGAGAUAAACAUGAGAUGGUUCCUAGAUACUGCUGGUUUAAAGAGAUCUAAUGCAUAUCUGAUAAAUGGAGUGGUGAUAUUUUUUGCUUGGCUGGUAGCAAGAAUCUUGUUGUUUGUUUACUUGUUUUACCACGUGUAUCUGCAUUAUGAUCAGGUCAUGCAGAUGCACAUUGUUGGAUACCUUUUGAUAUUUGUUGUGCCAUCUGCACUGGGUAUCAUGAACCUAAUGUGGUUUGGGAAGAUUAUCAAGGGAUUGAUAUCAACUCUGGCGAAGAAAAUAUAGAAGUUAUCAUGACUGAUCACAUUGCUGUCUCCCACUAGUCUCAUUUUCAGAGAAUUGAUCCCGGUAGUCUUAUAACGACUAAUCACACCGCUCUCCCACUAGUUUCAUUCAUUGACCCCGGUAGUCUACUUGUAUAAAUUAGUAGAAGGAAGAUGAGGGCAGCUUAUUUUGACAAGAUGGAAACGAACUGAUGUACAUGCUUACAUAUAUACAUGGUCUUCUUGUGCUUUCUGGCUGUUAAAAUUUUGGUAAUGUAGUCUAUAGGAGUUCAUCAAACUUGUAUUUCCAAAUUUUCGAAGCAUUUACUCAGAACUUAAAAGGAGGAAUAUUGUUACAAGCUCUAUCUGCAGCUGAAUCAUUACUGAGCACCCGUUUUCAACUCUCUAAUAUGUUAUUCAGCAUCUUUUAUUCUUUGAA